GCAAAGACAGGAGACAGAACCUGCAUCAUACUGUGGCCAGAGGGGAAGAUGGCUCUGGCCUGGACAAUAUUAUUGACUCUCUCGGGUAUGUAUGUUCAGGGAGUUCAGGCAUGGUGUUCGGAAGAGGAUAAACUCGAAAUCGAUAAACCAGUCAGUGACCCCGACAUAGUGAAGUUUGCUUUGAGUGCAUUCAACAAGCAGAGCAAGGAUGAAUAUGCCUACAGGCUGAUGCACAUCAUGAGUUUCUUAAAAGUACAGAAAAAACCACCACAAACUUUCUUCAUGAAGCUGAGGCUGAAAAGAACCAUCUGUAAGAAAUCUGAGGAAAGCCUAGACACCUGCCCCUUAACUGAACUGGAAAAUAUCCUCAUCUGUUCCUUCAGCAUCAGCAGCCCAGGCUCAAAACAGUUCAACCUGUUGAAAAUGACUUGUUCUGAGGGGCUUCUCUGACUGGGACCCCGCACAAGGAUCUACCUACAGCACUGAGCCUUCUCUUUUUUCUGAAGAUACCUGCCAUUCGUAGGAAUCAGCAAUUAAAGCCUUAAGAAAACUCUUCAAGUGUCUGUGGUUUCAUGUCCUGGCAUUUUAGAAUGGUUCCUUUGUAGAGAUUCAUCAUAUAGAAUAGGUCAUAAACACCAGUGUGUAAU